ACUUGAUCGACUUAAUUUGGAGGAGGUUUGGUCGGCAGCAAAUGUCACUUCAAACGCUAAUCUCAUUGAGGUGUGCAUACCAAGGAUAGCAGGUGAUUUUGAGAGAUUAGCCUCCAGCCAGCCCUUCCUUCAACACGUAGGUGCCGACCAACUUCAAACCUUACUGCAUAGUCCCUGGAUAUGCGAUGGAAAAGAAACAUUGAAAUUCAAGGCAAUCUGUACCUGGUUGCAUGCAUCCUCCUUAAAUGACGAACACGUUAAAAUCGAAAAGCAUUUCCGUCCUCUUCUCAAGUUGAUCGACAUGAAGAAAUUGCCAACAGAGGUUAUAAUUGAAACGUCAGUUAGUGGAUCGGAUUACAACUUGUCGGAAAGUGCAAGACGGAGGAAACUGCCCCCAAUGCCAACGCCUAGGUGUGCCACAGCAGCAACACAUAUACCCGGUGUUGGUGACAUUGUUGUUGGUGGGUGUGGUAAAAUUAAUGAUAAAUAUCCGACUUACAAUAAAGCGGAAAUCUUUUUGACAACUUCAUCGCCUCUUGGGCUCGCAGGCAGUUGGUGUGAAAUCGCUCCAAUGCUUCAUUCGAGGUCUUAUCCUGCAGCAGAAUUUUUCAAUGGAAAUGUAUACGUCGCUAGUGGUUCUAUGGAGAUGUUGUCUUUUUCUACUGAAGGACCUCCCCAGUGGACCGAAGUGAUUAAUACCACUUUAAAACUAAAAUCGUUGAUCUCUUUUAAUGGGAGUCUUUUGUUUGGUGCAGAGUGCGUAGAGGAGCAACUACAUGCGCUCUGGAACAAUUUGGAUGGCGUGGUAUCAGAAGCUGUUGCCUACGAGGGAAUUCGGGCAAAAAUGAUCGAUUGUGCCCAAAUAAUUCUUAUGCCUGAAUCAUCUUUCACCAAAAACUAUUUGCUAAUCAGACAGGAGUUCACCUGGAAAAAGAAAUUCUUUGCUAAAGCUUCAGCUCAACUUAUUGACGUGUCAAUGUCUCUUGGAUGCAAAUCCUCCAUACUUGAAAUACCCGUGCACACAGGUCGGUACUCUUUUGAUACCAACCAAGGUACAAAAAUGACGACUGUUCUCUCAGAGAAUACUGGAAUUCAGGUUGUUGAUAUGAAGGACCUAGAGGAAGUGAUAUUUCAGUGUGGUGAUGAAGUCUAUGUUGCUGGUGUUACAGCUUCUAAACCAAAAUAUAUUGGCGAUAGCUAUGCCCCCAUUAGAGAUCAUAAUGUCACAGGUCCAACUUCUAAUAAGAGACGAGAAGUAAUCGUUAUAUCGGUACCGAAAAAGUUGGAAUGCGUACAACUGAACCAGAAGGCCACAAACCUUCUGAAACAGAGUAGCGAUCUAAGAGAAAUUCACUCAACUGUGUCGUCCUCGGUUUCACAACCUCGGUUACGAAUGGGAAGUGUAUUGGGAACUCCUAUUCGUUUCGAUGGAUCAUUAAUUUCCCAACAGCCAAUGACUGCUAUAAUCAAUCAAUCUCCUACUUUCAAUACGUUCAGUUCUCAAGACUUGGCUGCUGCAGAAGCAUCCAGAAUUACCUCCGCCCACACCGGUAAUGGUGGAAGACAGUUCACAUUUACAGGACUCAAUAACUCACCUGCUAUUUCUUCUCAAUAUUCACCAUCUGCAAGGGCCUUUGAGCAGUUAGGUAUUCGUUGCAAUUGUGGACUUCAUCUUGCAGCGGUGAGUGCAGUUAGUUCUCCGGUGGAAAUCUCUUGCAGUUCUUGUGCUAGGAGAAAUUUCGAGAUUCUUAGAGAACUGGGAAAAGAAUCAGUAUUCACUUGUGAUUGUGGACGAGAGUAUGGUGGUAUCAGCAUGCUUCCCAUCAAACUUACAUGUCUCUCAUGGAGACCUGUCGUUCCAGUUGUAGUAGACGCGAUUUCCAUUCAUAGUCGAGUUUACGAAUCAUGCCACAUUACUUGCGAGGCUGCUAUCAAACCAACUAUGGUCUCCAAGCGUCUGACUGCUAACAUUCAACCUGAUGGAAUAGAGGCUGGUUGUGAGGCGAGUACUUACAAAGUGGUCUAA